AGGCCCAUCGGGUGAUGGAUCAGCAAUGACGAGGGAAUCUGCACUCCUGAAGCAAGCUUCGAUAAGGCGAUGGACAGAGAAUACGUCGCAGCAGCGGCUCGACAUCGCCUGGGCUUCCAUCUCUACGAGCAUGGGGUUCCGUUCAACUACGUGACUGGGGAGAAAACACAGGAGCUUCAUGAUUUGUACUUGGAGCCGGGGGAGAAGAAGCAGCGUGUGAAGAUGCCGAAUAGGAUGCAGAUGGCCACCGUCGUCCUCGACAUCACGUACGAGAAGACACGAGAGGAGAUGAGGCCGUUGAUGAACACGUGGGAUAACAGUGGUUGCACACUCAUCACCAAUGGGUGCACGGAUCGAAAGUUCAGACCAGUCAUGAACUUCAUUGCAGCCGGUGAGAGUGGAGUCUUUCUGUUGAAAGUGGUUGACAUGUCCAAGAGGAAGAAGACCGCCAUUGCAUUGGCGAAGUUAUGGGAGGGCGUCAUUCGGGAGAUCGGGGUGCAUAGAGUGAAUGCUUUGUGCACGGACAAUGCCGAGGUGAACAAACAGGCGGCGAGACUGCUGAGGCGGCGAACAGAUUCGCGCAUUGCACGCAUUCCGUGGGUGUCGUGCGCAAUGCAUUGCCUGAACAUGCCGCUAAAGGGGAUCAGCGAGGAGCCGUGGGCCAACGACCUUUACAAGAGGGCCAAAACCGUCGUCAAGUGCAUCAAGAAUCACCACAAGACGGUGUCGCUUUUCCUCGGUUGCGCAAAGAUGGAGAGGACAAGGACACUAAUCAUGCCGAUUGAAGUCCGCUUCACGUCAGUGUACCUAAUGCUACAUAGGUUGCUUGAUCGGAAGAAGGUGUUGAAGAACAUGAUGGGAAGAGAUUCGGACAUCCUACCCGACGACGCGCAACCAUCAUCGGAGGAGGUGGCUCGCAGGGAGCGAUUGAGGAAGGCCUCUCAGGGCAGGAUUCCAGUCGUGGGAAGGGUGGAUGAUGACAGUGACAUUGAUAGCAGCGAUGACGGGGAGGAUUUGGUUUGGAGGGGGAAGGGCAAGAAAAGGAAAGAUUUGGUUCCUAACGAUCCCAAGGGCAAGGGGCAAGUGGUGGAGGAAGAUUAUGAAGAGGAGAAAGAAAUGGAGGACAAGGAUGAUGAGACUGUGUAUGGUAUCCGCCCGAAAGGGGACUCCGACGAAGAUUCAGACGACGACGACAAUGGCGACACCGAGGACCCUGUCACUAUGAGGCAACAAACAUAUCAGCUAGAUAGUGACAUCGACUUCUUGAUGCCUCGUGAGGCAGCUCAUAGAGGAGGUUACAUGGUGGAUGAAGUCGACGCGGCGGCAAGAGCAGCGGCGCAAGCGCUUGCGAAGAGAGGCACGCGGGGGGCAAACAACACCAGCGGCGUUGGCACCGGCAACCGCAGCGGCAACAGCAGCAGCAGCGGCUACAACGGCAACAACAACAACAACUACAACAACAACAACGGCAAUUGCGCUGGCACCAGCGGCAGUAACGUUGGCACCAACAGCAGCGCCAGGAGCAGCAAAGUUGGCACCAACAACAGCAACGCUGGCACCAGCAGCAGCAGCCCUGGCACCGGCAGCAAUAGCCCUGGCACCAGUAGCAGCACCAGCAGCGGCCCUGGCACCAGCAACAACGUUGGCACCAGCAGCAGCCCCAGCCGCAACAACGUUGGCAGCAGCACCAGCGCCAGCAGCAGCAACGUUGGCACCAGCGCCAACACCGGCCGCAGCGACGCUGACACCACUGACAGCAACAGCACCAGCAACACCAACGCUGCCACCAUCAGUGGAGGCACCACCAGUGGCGCACUGCUAUAGGAGGCAAGCGUCCUCAACCACUUCAGCCCCACACACGGGUGAGUCCUCUCGACAGCAGGAUGCAGACUUCCCCCCCUUGCUUGUUGAUUCACAACACGACAACCUCGAAACGAGCACGGUGGGAAGGAAGAGGAACGAGGUCGAAGAGAGUGCACCAUUCCCUGUUGAAAAAAAGAAACGAGGAAGACCGCGCAAAGCGCGACCUGAGACCGACUUGCUGCAGACUGUUCUGCCUCCACGAAAAAAAACAAACAAGGCGGCGGACG